CCGGCGCCCGCGGCCGCGGCGGGGUGAGAGGCCGCGAGGCCCCGCCCCGUCCUCCCCUUUCCCCUUUGCCCCGCCCUUCCCGCCCGGCCCCCCUCACAGCCCCGCGCCGCCGCUGGUGCCGGUCCCCGCGCUGGGCCCGCCCCCGCCCCUCCCGCGGCCCGCGAGCGCGCCUCACGGCUCCUGUCUCCCCUCCCUCCUUCUCUCUCACGCCUAGCGCAAUGGCGGCGGCCGCGGCGGAGCAGCAACAGUUCUACCUGCUCCUGGGAAACCUGCUCAGCCCCGACAAUGUGGUCCGGAAACAGGCAGAGGAAACCUAUGAGAAUAUCCCAGGCCAGUCAAAGAUCACAUUCCUCUUACAAGCCAUCAGAAAUACAACAGCUGCUGAAGAGGCUAGACAAAUGGCCGCCGUUCUCCUAAGACGUCUCUUGUCCUCUGCAUUUGAUGAAGUCUAUCCAACACUUCCCUCUGAUGUUCAGACUGCCAUCAAGAGUGAGCUACUCAUGAUUAUUCAGAUGGAAACACAAUCUAGCAUGAGGAAAAAAGUUUGUGAUAUUGCGGCAGAACUGGCCAGGAAUUUAAUAGAUGAAGAUGGCAAUAACCAGUGGCCUGAAGGUUUGAAGUUCCUUUUUGAUUCAGUCAGCUCUCAAAAUGUGGGACUGCGGGAAGCUGCCCUUCACAUUUUCUGGAACUUCCCUGGAAUUUUUGGGAACCAGCAGCAGCACUAUUUAGACGUCAUCAAACGGAUGUUAGUUCAGUGUAUGCAAGAUCAGGAACACCCGUCGAUUAGAACUUUAUCUGCUAGAGCUACAGCUGCAUUUAUACUUGCAAAUGAGCAUAAUGUUGCUCUGUUCAAACAUUUUGCAGACUUGCUACCAGGAUUUCUACAGGCUGUAAAUGACUCGUGCUACCAGAAUGAUGAUUCUGUCCUAAAAUCUCUUGUUGAGAUUGCAGAUACUGUUCCAAAGUAUUUGCGUCCUCACUUGGAAGCAACUCUACAGCUAAGUCUAAAGUUGUGUGGAGACACUAGCCUCAACAAUAUGCAACGCCAGCUUGCCCUUGAAGUGAUUGUCACCCUCUCCGAGACUGCAGCUGCUAUGUUAAGAAAACAUACCAAUAUUGUUGCACAGACUAUUCCUCAGAUGUUAGCAAUGAUGGUUGAUUUGGAAGAAGAUGAGGACUGGGCAAAUGCAGAUGAACUAGAAGAUGAUGAUUUUGACAGCAAUGCAGUUGCAGGCGAGAGUGCUCUAGACCGAAUGGCUUGUGGACUUGGUGGAAAGCUCGUUCUGCCGAUGAUCAAGGAACACAUUAUGCAAAUGCUUCAAAAUCCUGACUGGAAAUACCGGCAUGCAGGAUUGAUGGCCUUAUCUGCCAUUGGUGAAGGGUGCCACCAGCAAAUGGAAGGAAUUCUAAAUGAGAUAGUAAAUUUUGUUUUACUUUUUCUUCAGGAUCCUCAUCCAAGAGUGAGGUAUGCAGCCUGUAAUGCCGUGGGACAGAUGGCUACAGAUUUUGCACCUGGUUUCCAAAAGAAAUUUCAUGAGAAGGUGAUUGCAGCUCUGCUGCAGACCAUGGAAGACCAAGGCAAUCAACGUGUACAGGCCCAUGCAGCUGCUGCCCUCAUUAACUUUACUGAAGACUGUCCCAAGUCACUACUUAUUCCAUACUUGGAUAAUUUGGUGAAACAUCUGCAUUCCAUUAUGGUACUUAAGCUUCAAGAGCUGAUUCAGAAAGGCACCAAGUUAGUUUUGGAACAAGUUGUGACAUCCAUUGCGUCAGUUGCAGAUACUGCAGAAGAAAAAUUUGUCCCCUACUAUGAUUUAUUUAUGCCAUCACUGAAGCACAUCGUUGAGAAUGCGGUUCAAAAAGAACUGAGACUUCUGAGAGGAAAAACUAUUGAAUGCAUUAGCCUCAUUGGUCUGGCUGUUGGGAAGGAAAAAUUCAUGCAGGAUGCAUCAGAUGUGAUGCAGCUGUUGUUAAAGACCCAGACAGACUUCAAUGACAUGGAAGAUGAUGAUCCUCAGAUCUCUUACAUGAUCUCAGCAUGGGCCAGAAUGUGCAAAAUCCUUGGAAAAGAAUUUCAGCAGUACCUUCCAGUGGUUAUGGGGCCUUUAAUGAAGACGGCUUCAAUUAAGCCCGAAGUAGCCCUUUUAGAUACCCAAGACAUGGAGAAUAUGAGUGAUGAUGAUGGUUGGGAAUUUGUGAACCUUGGAGAUCAGCAAAGCUUUGGUAUUAAAACUGCAGGACUAGAAGAAAAAUCAACUGCUUGCCAGAUGUUGGUUUGCUAUGCUAAGGAGUUAAAGGAAGGCUUUGUGGAGUACACCGAACAGGUUGUCAAACUGAUGGUCCCUUUACUGAAGUUUUAUUUCCACGAUGGUGUUCGAGUGGCAGCAGCAGAAUCCAUGCCUCUUCUCCUGGAGUGUGCAAGAGUCCGUGGUCCUGAGUAUCUCACACAGAUGUGGCAUUUUAUGUGUGAUGCUCUAAUUAAGGCCAUUGGUACAGAACCAGAUUCAGACGUCCUCUCAGAAAUAAUGCAUUCUUUUGCAAAGUGCAUUGAAGUAAUGGGAGAUGGAUGCCUUAAUAAUGAACACUUUGAAGAACUGGGAGGUAUAUUGAAAGCAAAGCUUGAAGAACAUUUUAAAAAUCAAGAAUUACGACAAGUUAAAAGACAAGAUGAAGACUAUGAUGAACAGGUCGAAGAGUCACUACAAGAUGAGUGUCCACAUAGACCAUGGCCAGACAGACAAUGGGGAUUAUGCAUCUUUGAUGAUGUCAUAGAACACUGUAGUCCAGCCUCAUUUAAAUAUGCAGAAUAUUUCUUAAGACCAAUGCUCCAAUAUGUAUGUGACAACAGCCCAGAAGUCAGGCAAGCAGCUGCAUAUGGCCUGGGAGUCAUGGCACAGUAUGGUGGAGAUAAUUAUCGCCCUUUUUGUACAGAAGCACUUCCCCUCCUGGUAAGAGUUAUUCAGUCUGCGGAUUCUAAGACCAAAGAAAAUGUCAAUGCUACAGAGAACUGCAUCUCAGCAGUAGGGAAAAUCAUGAAGUUCAAGCCUGACUGUGUAAAUGUUGAAGAGGUCCUUCCACACUGGUUGUCUUGGCUUCCACUACAUGAAGAUAAAGAAGAAGCUGUUCAGACUUUCAAUUAUCUGUGUGACCUGAUUGAAAGUAAUCAUCCAAUUGUUCUUGGCCCAAACAAUACCAAUCUGCCCAAAAUAUUUAGUAUAAUUGCGGAAGGAGAAAUGCACGAGGCAAUUAAACAUGAAGAUCCUUGUGCCAAACGUCUGGCCAAUGUCGUUCGCCAAGUACAGACUUCUGGAGGAUUGUGGACUGAGUGCAUAGCACAGCUCAGUCCUGAGCAGCAGGCCGCCAUUCAGGAGCUCCUGAACUCUGCGUGAAGGCCCUUAAUGUCACCCACCAGAAAACUAACUACAAAUAAACGCUUACCCUUUCGUUUAGGUUUCUUUGUUUUGUUUUUGAGCAAAAGAGAGCGGUAGUGUUGUGUGUAGGCCAUUUUGGAGAGCCAUGAGCAGGAAGAGCAGCGCUGUGUUGCAGAAUGGAGUUUCCAUGGAUUUCUACCAGACCAGUGAAGGAGUUCCUGGAAGCCCUGCAGUAGCACUGAAGAGUAUUUUUCUAUUGGUAUAACCCACCCACCUGAAGGGGAAAGGGAAAUCAAAUUAAUUUUUCUCGUUAGACAUAAGGAAAUUUAAGGAAAAACAGCUUUAAGAACAGUUACUCAGCGCAGAUGUGUGUUCACACAGAUUGCUCUGCACUCAGUGUUCAUUGUUAAUUGGCGUGUGAGUCUUUCUGUAGGGUAGAAAGAAGCCUACUACCCAACAAACCAGUAGACCCAAACGUUGAAAAAAACUGAUGACAGACAACAAGCAUGAAGAUGGCAUAUUUGAUGUCACUUUGGUUCUUUUUCCCAGAAGGCUUAUACAGUGACUCAGUUGGGAAGCUUUCCAGCUUCCAGCCCUUGAAUGUGAAGUGUCAUUGGCAUGUCUGGCAGUAGUCUCUUAUUCACUCCUCAAUAAACAACAUUGAAUACAAAAGAGGCUUGUGUAAAAACUCAGUACUGUCUGGCUUGGAUUCAUUUCAUGUUUUUAAUAUAAGAAUGAUCUAAUAUUUUUUUAAAGUAAUAGCUAUCAGUAAUAGCUGAGUGUUUUUUCCCCUAAUAUUUUCCUUGUGCAAUUCAGACUUAAGCAUCGAGUUUUUACCAUCUUCCACUGUAAGCUAAGUUAUGAUACCUAUUCCAUUCACAAUUGGUGUUCUUUUUAAGGUUUGCAAAUUCCAACCAAUUUUGUAGCUAGGAUUGUUCUGAUUAGCUCAAAAAGAUUUGGCUUAGUGUUUUCAUUGCAAAUUAUAAUUGCUGUAGAGCCACACACAACUUUUGAACUUAUAAGUAUUAUGGCUAAAGUUAUUUGCUGAAAAUUUCAGUAAAAUGUGUGAAUGUUUCUUUAUGUAUUAACCUCAUAGCAGUAAAUGACUUGCUGUUGUUUAAUUUUUCUAAGGCAUCUUAAUAGACUUCUGUUGAAAACUUCAGUGUUAACAUUUUUAUAGUUUGUACUAAAUUUAACCGUGAUAUAAAAAUGAAUUUUAUGCAUAGAUCAGAAUUUUAAAUUAAAGGUUUUUUCUUUAAAUGAUUUGUAUUACUUUAUUAAAACUAAAUCUGAAAUGGAAUAGAAAAUGGAAUGGAUUACAUACAGAUGGUUUACUUGUUAGCAGAUGCCCUUCAAAUAUAUUUUCCGUUUGCAGCACAACACCAUUGCCUGGAGGUUUCCGAAUCUAGCAAAACAAAAUAUUAAAUGACUUCACCUGCGCAGUCCUUGGUUUCACUGGAUGGAUACCUGUGGGCUCUUGUAAUGUGUGUGGUAAUAUUUGGAACUUUAUAGCCUGUAUUUCUUGGGAGAAAAAGAUGGGAAUUGGAGUAAAAAAUGUGUCAAGACAACCCAUUUCUGCUUUCUUGUGUAGCAUCUGCAAAGCCAAUUCAUGUACUGAUGCCAGUCAGCUAGAGCAAUGUAGGUUUUUAAAAUUUAAAUUAUGACUACACUUUAUUACUACACUUUCAGAAAAGAAACAUGUUGGAAACAUGGCACACCUGCAGGAGUUGAGAUGACAGUGUGGUCAGAGGAUGUGUUUGGGAGAACCUAGUGUUUGCUGGGCACAGCGCUAAGUGCUUUGGGAGCAAGAACCUCCUACCUUUCAGUUUAAACACUAGUGGUAUUGUCACAUACCGCUCACACCUGAGAUGGACGUAGAGCAAGGUUCUAAGAACUCUGAAAGAAGUGCUCUGUUCAAUGCAGACUGGCAACGUCCUCCUUGGUGAAAGCAGAAAAGCAAAGAGGUAAUUGGAGUUGAAUCAAGUUAAUAGGGAAGGUUGGUAGUAAAUGCUGUUAGUGUGACAUGAUUCUGAAAUCCAGAGCUCAGAACUAACUGCAGGAUGUACCAUGAACUAACAAUUCUUUGAAAGGACCUGGGGAAACAUUUUUAAUACCUCAUUCUGUCUAUGCAAGAUGAAAAUUCGUGGAGUUUUUUUCUUGGCUUUUGUACCAAAUUUAGGGGUCUUGAUGUCAGCAAGUGAUAUAUAUUGUUUAUAAAUGCAAGCUGUUUCUGGAGGGAAAAAAAUGUGUGUGGCUCUUAGAUUUUCUGGGAAUUUUGUAACAAGUUACACGCACAAGUGUUAGAAUCUUUCGCAUAACUCAAUUUGGAGUAUUUUUAAAAUGCUGUAUCUUUAAAGAAAAGUAAAAUUGUCUUAAAGCUAAUUUGACACUUCUGUAAUCAGAGGCAACCUUAUAAUUCUGGAGUUAUAGUUUGACAGAACCAUCAGUAAAGACAUAACCAAAUAAA